CGGCGGCGACGCCGGCGACGCCGUCGAAGCGGGCCAAGUACCCGGAGGAGCCCAACGGUUUCAUGACGGGCCCUGUGGAGAUGACGCCGGAGGAGCUGGAGGGCUCGCUCGAGCUCCCCGUGCUCGUGGACGAGGAGCGCAUUGGCCGGACGGCCCUGCAGACGAACCGCGCGCCUCUGGUCUUGGCGUUCGCUGCCGAGCUGCUGAGGUACACCAUGCCGGAACAGCCGCCGUCCAGUCGGCUGUCUCUCGCGCAGGCGGUCGUGAGCGCCAAUUCGAGGUCCAAGGCUGUAAGUCUUGGCUUGGAGAAGGGCCUCAGCGCGGACGACGAGGGGUGGGGCCAAGGCCAGCCGAGGGUGCGCAUCAUGGGUAGAGAUGUUGCGGUCCUCAAGAGGGGCGGCUAUGAGUGGAAGGGCGAGGAGACCGUUGGUGGCGAGGAAGGGAAGAGCGGGACUCGGGCUGAGACGACUGAGCAUUCUGCUCCAGAGACUCAGUUUGCUUUCGAGCCUACUUCCGCCAGUGCGUGGUCUGCUUCUCAACCUCUCUCUUUGAAACAGUCAACUUUUAUUGCGCGUACGACACAUAUUACCGACGCAGCCCAAAGACAGGGGCUCAUACGUUCUCUACUCGACGCAAACCCAGCUCUCAAGUCAGCGACUCACAACGCAUGGGCCUUUCGUCUUAGACUGCCUGGCGGAAACGGAGGCUCGGCCAGGAUUCGUGAAGAGUCUUUCGACGAUGGGGAGACUGGCUGCGGCGACUUAAUGCUCCGGAUUAUGAGAGAAGUUGACGCGGUGGACACGAUGGUCGUUCUGACACGUUGGUUCGGGGGAAUCAUGCUCGGCCCAGACCGGUGGAGGCUGAUGAGGAAUUGUGUCACAAGCGCACUUGCUGAGCGCCUAAGGAAGACAGGCGCUGCGGUGAGCAUCGGUGGCGAAGCGGUUUGGGGACUAGAUCUAGAAAACAUGCGGAGCAAGGCGACUGUCGGAGGGUUUGGGAGCGGUACCCCGCAACACAGCUCUACUAGUCUUGGUGGGCUGCAGAUUCAUAGGCCAGAGGCCGCAAGAAGCUACUUAAUGAAGAGCUUCGGGAGUGCACCAUCAGCCGAGAGGCUGGCCGAGCACGACGACAACGACCAGCCCACCAGCCCUCCAGAGAAGGGCAAAAAGGGAGCCAGGGCUUCGAAGGCUGCGAAGAAGACACUAAAGGAACAGGGCGCGGAGAAGGAAGAGAACCUGGGCCUGCUCCUCGGGGCCUUGAGGCUACUCUUUGACAGCUGGGCGGAUCAUCUCACCACGGCAGAUCUUGAUCGAAGAGCAUGGAGUUGGUAUGUGGCUGUGCGACCAGAGGUCGAGAGCGGUCCGUCUGGAUGGGGCGCCAAAGGCUUGCUCAGGCUGGAAGACAUUCUAAAGCUCCGGCGGAAAGAACAGAGCUAAUUCCUUGUAAACUACGUUGGGCCAUGGUUGCGAAGAGCUAUGGCGUUCAGGAACGAUUCUCGUAAAGCAAUUCGUAACCUUUUCUUCAAAGACCCGACGGCGCGUCGUCACAUGGCUUCCUAUACAAUUCGUAGCCGUUUCAGUGGUAGAUGUAAAAAGGCAACUCAAUCGAACAGAUAAUUAAUGGGAGGAACCAUUGAUUGGAGGGAUUCAUUUGGUAACACAGUUGUAACCGGAA